AUGGUGAGCCCGGUAUGGAAUAAAAAGGACGGGAAUGAUCAAGUACAAAUAGCUGCCAAGACCAACAGUGCUUCUGUUUCUCGCAGCUCUUCUUCGACACAUUACAGCGAGGGAGAUAUAUAUAAACUGAAGGAGAGCAAUGAGGAUGAGGGGCUUGAUGCAACAGGAGAGUAUAUUGUGAACAGAAACAGACCUGAGACUUUCUUGAAUGUUGAUGAUUUGGAAAGGGUGACUGAGUCUGAUAUUUACCCACAAAAGCGGCUAUUUUCAUUCUUGCAUAGCCGCAAGAUACCGCAUAUCCCGUCCGAUGAGGAAAGGAAGUCGUUUCCUAUCUUUUCUGCUAAUAUUUUAUCUAGAAUUUUCAUCUGGUGGGUUUUCCCAGCGGUACGAACGGGAUACAAGAGAACGAUACAGCCUAAUGAUAUGUUCAAAAUGCAGGAAAGAUUGUCUAUCGAAGUUAUGUUCGCGCAAUUUGACAAAAAUAUGAACUAUUAUUUCGAAAAGGCAAAAAAAGAGUAUAUCAAAGAGCACCCAAAUGCCACGGAGGAUGAAAUUUUUGAUAAUGUUAAUUUACCGAAAAAUACUGUCCUAAAGGCUACAUUUUUCACUUUCAGAAAACAGUAUCUUUGGGCGGUGUUUUGCGCUAAUCUGGCGAACUGUGCAUCGGCCUUCAAUCCAAUGAUUACCAAACGAUUAAUCAAUUUUGUUCAAGAAAAAGCAUUGUCUCCCAGUCUACAUGUUAAUAGCGGCGUUGGUUACGCAAUAGGCGCUUGCAUAAUGAUGAUUGUUAAUGGUCUUGCUUUCAAUCAUUUUUUCCUAGCUUCUCAAACGCUUGGUGUUCAAGUCAAAUCUGUCCUGACAAAAGCUGCCUUGAAUAAAAUGUUUAAGGCAUCAGCAUAUGCAAGGCAUAAAUAUCCAAAUGGUAAAGUUACUUCAUUUGUAACAACUGAUUUAGCAAGGAUUGAGUUUGGUCUAUCGUUUCAACCAUUCUUAGCCGGUUUCCCGGCAAUCAUUGCUAUCGUUAUCGUUCUACUUAUUGUUAAUGUUGGAGCAAUUGCUCUUGUCGGUAUAGGUAUUUUUUUUGCUGCUAUUUUCUCAUGCUUAUUCGUGGUAAAAUAUAUUAUAAAAUUUAGAAUUGAUGCAAAUAUGUUUACUGACGCUAGAGUUACUAGAAUGAGAGAACUACUAAAUAAUAUGAAGAUGAUUAAAUUUUAUGCUUGGGAGGACGCUUAUGAAAGUGAUAUAAAGACAAUUAGGGGAAAAGAAGUCGUUAAAGUGAGAAGGAUGCUGUAUGUUAGGAAUUUACUAAUUGGUUUAGGUAUAUCUUUACCAAGUUUCUCAUCUUUGGCAACUUUUUUGUCAAUGUACCAAACUAAUCGUGAUGGUAGGAGUGCAGCAAAUAUUUUUUCCUCGCUUUCCCUUUUCCAGGUUUUAAGUUUACAAAUGUUUUUUCUUCCUUUGGCAAUCACAACAGGUAUUGAUAUGUUUAUAGGUUUGGGCAGAUUACAACAAUUGCUUGAUUCUCCGGAAGAGAAAAAAAGUAAUGAGUUUUUACCGAAUUCAAAUAGUAACUUGCCGGACACUGUAGCUUUAAGGAUGGACAAUGCUUCCUUUGAAUGGGAGGAUUUUCAGGUAAUUGAUACAUUAGAGGAAAAGAAAAAGGUAGAAUCUGCUUCGGCCAAAAGUAAGUCAAACAAGAACAAAAAGUCGAAGGAAGAGCCAAAGGAAGAACCAAAAGAAGAACCAAAAGAAGAACCAAAAGAAAAAUCUCAGGAAGAUCUUGAAAAGUCAAAUUCUUCUUUUAAUGGUUUCAAGGACUUGAACUUCGAAGUAAAAAGUGGGGAAUUCGUCAUUAUCACAGGCCCAAUUGGUACGGGUAAGACAUCUCUUUUGAAUGCAAUGGCAGGGUUCAUGAAUAAAACGUCUGGUCACAUCGAAAUAAAUGGAGAUUUACUUCUUUGUGGUUAUCCUUGGAUACAAAACGCUACUGUUAGAGAUAAUAUAAUUUUUGGGUCCCCAUAUGAAAAAAAAAAGUAUAAAGAAAUAGUUCGUGUUUGUGCUUUAGAAGCAGAUUUGGAUAUAUUACCAUCUGGCGAUAUGACGGAAAUUGGUGAACGUGGUAUCACAUUAUCAGGUGGACAGAAGGCACGUAUCAACUUAGCCAGAACGGUGUACAAAAAUAAGGAUAUAUAUGUUUUUGACGAUGUUCUGAGUGCGGUUGACUCUCGUGUGGGGAAACAUAUUGUUGAUGAGUGCUUAUUGGGCCUAUUAAAAAAUAAAACCAGAAUACUAGCUACUCAUCAACUUUCCCUGAUUGAAAAGGCUGAUCGUAUUAUUGUUAUUGGGACCGAUGGGUCUUUUGAGAUCGGGACGUUGGAAAAACUAAAGAUGCAUAAUGAAACCUUGAUUAAUUUACUCCAGUUUAUGUCGCAAGGUACUGAAGAAGAAGCAAACGAAGAAGAUGAGCAAGAAAUAAAAACUGAGGAGAACGAGAAGGAAACUUAUGAGAACAUGCACAACUCGAAAAGUGUGCCCAAUAAUGGCUCACAAGAACGAGACAUAGAGUACCUGCAAAGGCAAUUGAGUAAAAAAUCUACAGAAGAGCAUGUGAACGGUAAUAUAACCACGAGGGAAGAAAGAGCUGUCAACAGUAUUCAGCUUUCCAUCUAUAAAAAAUAUCUCUUUUCUGCGGUUGGAAAAUCUGGUAUUCUUCUGUUUCCACUUUUUAUUGUGUGCAUAAUUGGGUCAACAUUUUGUACACUUUUCUCCUCCGUAUGGUUAAGUUAUUGGACAGAAAACAAAUUUACUAAUAGAUCCACUCCGUUUUAUAUGGGAUUAUAUUCGUUCUUUGUUUUUGGUGCCUAUUUUUUCUUGAACGGUGCUUUCACGCUUCUGUGUUACUUGGGUCUUCAAGCUUCUAAGCGCCUCAAUUUACAGGCUGUAAAAAGAGUAUUGCAUAGCCCAAUGUCUUUUUUGGACACUACCCCGAUUGGGCGUAUUUUGAAUAGGUUUACGAAAGAUACUGAUAGUUUGGAUAAUGAGAUGUCAGAAAGUAUGCGUUUACUAGUGACCCAAAUUGCUAAUAUCGUAGGUGUUUGCGUACUGUGUAUUGUUUACCUUCCUUGGUUUGCAAUAGCAAUACCAUUUCUGGCCUUCAUGUUUGUGAUCAUAUCAGAUCAUUAUCAGAGUACAGGAAGAGAAGUCAAAAGACUAGAAGCAAUUCAACGGUCGUUCGUUUACAAUAAUCUUAACGAGGUUUUGAGUGGUAUGGAAACUAUCAAAUGCUAUAGAAGUCAGGAAAGAUUUUUAGCGAAGACGGACUUCUUAAUAAACAGAAUGAAUGAAGCAUCAUACUUGCUGGUGGCUCUCCAAAGAUGGGUUGCAGUGUUUUUGGAUUUAGUGGCAGUUGCAUUUGCAUUAAUUAUCACUUUAUUGUGCGUUACAAGACAGUUUAAUAUAUCAGCUUCAUCUGUGGGUGUUUUACUUACCUAUGUCCUACAAUUGCCGGGUCUUUUGAAUAGUUUGCUUAGAGCUGUCACUCAAACAGAAAAUGACAUGAACAGUGCCGAAAGAAUGGUUUCUUAUGCUGAAGAUCUUCCCGUCGAAGCUGCUUAUAGGAAAUCCGAGGCCUGCCCUCCAGAUUCUUGGCCCUCAAGAGGUGAGAUUGUAUUUGAAGACGUGAACUUUGCAUAUAGGCCAGGUCUACCUCUGGUUUUGAGGGACUUCAAUGUAAGUAUAAAAAGUGGGGAAAAGGUCGGAAUAUGUGGAAGAACUGGUGCUGGUAAAUCAACUAUUAUGAAUGCCUUAUAUAGGCUUAACGAGUUGGCAGGAGGCAAGAUCACCAUAGAUGACAUUGACAUUUCACAAUUAGGCUUAUUCGAUCUAAGGCGUAAUUUGACUAUCAUCCCGCAAGAUCCUGUGCUUUUCAAAGGUAGUGUUCGAAAAAAUCUGGAUCCAUUCAAUGAACGUCCAGAUGAGAGCCUAUGGGAUGCCUUAAAAAAUGCAGGUGCAAUUGUUUCCGAUGAGUUGGAGGAAAUAAAAACACAGAAACCGGAUACUAGUGGAAGUUAUUCCAACAUGCAUAAGUUUCAUCUCGACCAACAGGUUGAAGAGGAAGGUUUCAAUUUUUCGCUCGGUGAGAGGCAAAUUUUGGCACUAGCAAGAGCUUUGGUUCGUCAGACGAAGAUUUUAAUUCUGGAUGAAGCAACUUCAUCUGUUGACUACGAAACCGAUGGAAAAAUUCAAGCCAGAAUCGCUGAAUCUUUCAAAGACUGCACAAUUUUAUGUAUUGCACACAGACUGAAGACCAUCUUAAGCUAUGACCGAGUCUUGGUGCUGGAAGAUGGUGUGGUCGCUGAGUUUGAUGCACCAAAGGCCUUGUUCGAGGAAGGUGGCAUUUUCACACAAAUGUGUUCAAGGUCGGGAAUUGCAAGUGAGGACUUUGCAUAA